GCAGUGAAGGUGUGUUGCGGUGAUCACUAGUGAUUCAGUGGAACAUUUCUUCGCCUGAUAUUUGAUCAAUAUUCGAAUACUUGUGCUUUUGUUGUUUGCGUCUUUUGAUCGAACAGUUAAAAAUCCUUGGUAAUCUUCGUGACGUGUGAUUUAGCUGAAGAUUUGACAAGGGUCCGACGAAUCGAAUCGAAUUGAUGGAAAAGCGGAUGUGAAAUCGUCAGAUUUGUGUCACCAACACAAAAGUAGACAAACCAGCGCGGCGGACGACCCACCGAUCGGUGCUCGGGGAAAAAAAGAGAAAAGACCUGGCGGCCGUCAGAAAGUAGACGGAAAGCGAAAAACCGUUUCGUGAAAGUAAUCACCGUCCAACGACCAACCAACAGCGGCAGCAGCAGUCAGUGGUAUAGCGAGAAAAGAGACGCAGAAGUUCAUCGCUCGUCGUGCACUGGCUGUUCGCCGCACAGCUGAGAGUCUCGCGAUGGAUCGAUUCUUACGGUUCUUCAUCAAGUUUCAUGGUUAUGCUAUCGCGAUGGUCAGCAUCUUGUUUGCCCUAGUGAGCGUGCUCUUCACUAGACUGAAUUACCAUUACCCGUUAGAGGAGUGGUACAAUUUUCGCUUCUCCGGCAUACCGAUGCUGAUACUGGGAGCAGCCUGGCUGAUGGCAAGUGUGGUGCUCAUAAUUGGAGUAUUUAAGGAGUGCAGCCGGUUGAUCUACCCGUACGGGGUCGUCUUUGUCAUGGAGCUGACUACGCUGAUACUCCGGGACGUUUACCUGUUGGUUGCCGGCAAGGACUGGGGUGAGAUGGUGUUCAUCAACAUCAGUGUCGUGUUGCUGCUGUUCAUCAUCCCGUACAUCGCGCUGAGCCUGCUCGCCCUGCUCAAGCUGAUCGAAGUGGAUCCCAUCAUACCGAAAAGCCGCUCCGAUAACUUCGUGCGAUUUGACAACACUCAAACCAACACGGAAGCAUAGUGUGGCGCCGCCGACGUGGCUGGGCUGGCGGACGAGUACCUACUCUUAAUGCGAGUGCGCUGCAGCAAUUUUCGACUGUAGGUAUGCAUGUGCGUUGUUGCAGGAAAUAAAAUAGCCCACCAAAUGUAUGCUUCGAAUUGAACUUCACCAUCAAGCGUUAUUACGCGACCGCCAAGAUGUACGCUGUACCAGCCCAGCAGCGAGUGAACGAACAGCGGCCGAAAGGUUUAGCUUUUAUUUUCUUUCUUGAAUUGUUUAAUAUAGGAUAAGUUUUGGUCUCGGUGUAAAAUGGAUAAUUUCUGACAUUUCUUCUUCGCUAUUUUUUCCCGCGAAAAAAAUGGGAGCCUAUCUAACCUGCGGACCGGUGGUUACGCUCCUCUAGUUGCA